GUGCAGUCGCCAAGUCGCAGUUGCAAUUGAAAGUCCCCUUAAAGCUGUGUUUCCUUCGCUGAUCUGUCUUUCUACUCCUCGAGCGCAUCCAGUCUGAACAUCUCAGUAUAAUCACCGUUUAACCAGGCUCAUCACAAUGAGCGAGCAAGCAGAACUGGCGUUUGUGAAGACGUUCGUCAACAACCUCUCGUCGCAGCCCGUCACGUACGCAGACGACUUCCAGCAACCAUCCGAGAGGUCUCUAAGGAAGGUCCCGGUGCUACCGGUAGACCUGCCUCCUCCUCCCGAACGCAAGGUGACACAGGUUGCGCCCACAGGUGAGCUCCCCUGCCCCACUCCCGCAGCUGUUAUAAGUACGAGCCCGCGCACAGGCUCCCUGAGCAUCACCUUCAAGUCUAUCAAGCCUCCAAAGAGCUACUCUCUCUCCGUACAGCCCACCGACCCCGUCUCUGACAUCAAGGCGCAGCUCGCGUCAGAACCAGGCGCACCGCCCGCCGACGCACAGAGACUGCUGCUCAAAGGCAAGGCUCUCGCGGACAGCAAGCUUCUGCAGGAAUACAGCAUUAAGGAAGGAGACACCGUCACGCUUAUGGUCAAGCCCGGCUUCGACUGGGACCCAUCCAAGAUGUCUACGUCGCUCGCACCCGUCACUGCACCGACGCCACAGAAGGCGAGAGCAGGGUCCAUCACGUUGCUUCCGGAGCAGCCUUCACGAACCCGUGGAGGGCACGGGCGCACGCCGUCCAUUGUCCUCUCUCCUUCCCCGUCGCUAUCGCCGUCUCCAGGGGAGGUGUUGAUCGACAUACCCCUCGUGUUGGACACGUCCAACAUACCCGAGCUUUCCCAGUCUGGCGCGUCGAACACGCCCUACCACACGACCGUUGCGCAGCCUGCGUUUUGGGAGCAUCUGUAUGCCUUCUUGAAGGUUGAGUUUCCCAACGGCAGCGACGCGGCGCAGGCUUGGGAGGACUUCUUCUGCGCAAGCAAGGGCUCUCUCAGUGUCUCCGAGAUCGCGAAGAUCCGUGAUCGUGUUGGUGUAACGGGGAUGGCGGGCAGCUGAAGUUGGGUUCAGGUUCAGGUUGUGCUCAUCGUAAUCUUCAAGGGCUUCAUGGUCAUAUCUCUCAUUCAUAAUGCUGUAAUGGACUUCGGAGGCACAUUUGAUCUCAUCCAAACCUUCGUUCGGGCUUCUGGCAGUCGGCGACUUAGCACGGCCGUGAAGCCAUUGUAUAUGUAUGAGACACUUUGCCUUAGUUCGUCGGGCUGCGCAGCUGGAUGGGCCUGACUACGUGGCGCGAUGAGCUACUCAAUCCCGUUAUGUUCUUUCUG